ACCCCGCCCACUUUGCUCCCCAUCCUUUUCAUGGACCGUUUUUUUCGUUCCCCCUCAGACGGAGCCGGUCUGGGAAAGAGGACAGACCUGGUGAGGAGUCAGGAAGGAGAAGAAGAAUAUAUUCAAGGCUUCCAUUCCACAUCCCAUGAUGAAGAUCUGGACUUCAGAACAUACCUUCGAUCACCCCUGGGAGAUGGUUACAACAGCUGCCAUGCAGAAAUAUCCCAACCCCAUGAAUCCCAAUGUGGUUGGAGUCGAUGUCCUUGACCGACAUGUAGAUCCCAGUGGAAAGUUACAUAGCCGCAGAUUACUCAGUACAGUAUGGGGGAUGCCAUCAAUUGCAAAAGCGCUUAUUGGAUCUUGUAGAGAAAAAACAUAUGUACAGGAACACUCCAUAGUCGAUCCAGUGGAAAAAAUAAUGGAGCUCAAGUCUACUAAUAUUUCAUUUACAAAUCUGGUGUCAGUAGAUGAGACACUGAUAUAUAAACCGCACCCUCAAGAGCCAGAUAAAACCAUUUUGACUCAAGAAGCAACAAUAUGUGUGAAAGGAGUUAAAGUCAGCAGUUACCUAGAAGGCUUAAUAGAAACUACAAUAUCGUCUAAUGCUAAAAACGGUCGUGAAGCAUUGGAAUGGGUGAUCAACAAACUGAAAGCUGAAAUAGAGGGAUUCACUUCUUCGGCAAGAGGAAACAUGAGGUCCUCUAUGGCGGCUGCAGCAUUUGUAGAGAAAUAAGAUUUAUUUCUGCCUAUAUCGGGGAUCUGUCCCAAGUGUCUGAAGCAAAGAACUGCAUAUUUCCUAAAAGCUGGAGACAACUACUCUUAUAUCUGUUUAAUGAAAGCAAAUCUGUAAAUUAGAUUUUUAAAUUCAACUUGGAGAGAAGUUACACAGACCUGUACUUGAAAGUAAUAUUCAUAACUUGAAUGCUGAUGGACAUUCCUUUUAGAUAAAAUAAUCCAAGUGUUCAUGACAAUUCCUGUAUCGGGAGGAGUCGGUCUUAAACUUUCAUCCCAUGACAGGCCUUUGAUGCACCAAGCUGUGGAAGGACAGUCUGUUGUUGAUUCCUGCUUUCAUAAGAUUAAGGCAUACUUGGAUUCACUCACUUCUGGGAUCUUCCUUGAAUGAAGUAGAAUUUUUCAGGGCACAGUGGUUCAGGCAGCUUGUUGUAAGAUGUCUGGGAAGAGCAGCAUUAAUACUUGAAAUGCAAUUUAUACUAAUUUUGUUGUUAUAUGUGUAUGAUGUGUUAACAUGAAAUGUGUGAUGCUUAAUUUUGAGAAAUUAAGCAGCUAAAAAUUUUCCCUAGCCAAAUCCUGAAUUUUGGGAAAUUUGUAUGGUUAUAUAAUGGGAGUCUGGGCAUUUGGUUGGAAAGUCUGUUAUUUUGGUUUUGUAGAUCCCCUGUUUAGAAAAGCGAUGUAAUUUGCUGUCAUGAUACUGUUUUUUGACACUACAAGGAACUUGAAUUUAUAUGAAAGAAUGCUCUGAAACAAGUGUUUCACUACCUCCAUUUCAAACAAGCUGCAGCAUUGUUAUACUAAUUGCAUAAUUAUGAUUUAUAUCAUUUCUCAGCAAGACUUCAAUCAUCUGACAUUUCUUAAAUAGUAAUUUGUGGGUUUGUUUUUUUGUUUGUUUUUUGUUUUGUUCUAAAGAGUAACGUAAUGGGUGGGCAGGGCAACUUUGCCACUAAAUAAUCUUGAAUUCCUGAAAGAGUGGCAAAAGCCAAUGUUCCCCCCUUUGCCUCCCAUUUCUUCAUAGAAAAAUAUGUAGAAAAUUACAAUGAAAUGCCAAAUCUAAGUAGUAUGUACUUUGUUAAUACGAGAUUUUCUAACAAACAAUGCUUUAGUCUCCUUCAUGAAACAAUAAAAUCAGUCCUCAAGAUAUGACACCAAGUUAUGGGAGAACUUGUAGGUUGUAGGUACAUUUUGAACUAUUUCCUAAUUUCUUUAUGCAUGUCAUUUUCUGCAGUACAUAAGAAUUAUCUGCCAGUAAUGCAAAUCUAAAGCCAGUAAGGAUGAGGGAGAGACGUGAAUAUCCUAAGCUUACAAAUGUUUACUGAUGUAUUUAAUUUUUUAUCUGUUUUUCUACUUGGGUUGUAUUUUGUCUUUAUUGAGUUUGUAAAAGCAAUGAAACAUAUUAAUACCUGGUGCUUUUUACAUACAACAAUGUUAAUUUAAUUAAAAUGUUGUCAAUGUUUGAUACCAAAA